UACCCUCUUUGUGUUGUGCAUCUUCGCCGCUAGUAGCAGUGAAAGAUGGGGGAGGCAGACUUAGCUUUAGGACAGACCGACGAAAAACCUCCAGACACGGGCUCAGUUCCCGGCGACGACUCGGUGGUAUGGAGCCAUGAAGUAGAGGUGUGCCUCUUCCACGCCAUGCUGGGUCACAAACCCGUAGGGGUGAACCGUCACUUCCACAUGAUCUGCAUCCGGGACAAGUUCAGCCAGAACAUAGGCCGGCAGGUCUCCUCCUCCGUCAUCUGGGACCACCUGGGAACCAUGUACGACAUGCAGGCCCUGCAUGAGUCGGAGAUCCUUCCCUUUCCGAACUCGGAGAAGAGCUUCUCUCUGCCUGAUGACAUCAUCCAGGACGUUAAAGAAGGGAAGGGAGGGGGUGAGGAGGAGAAGAAGGAGUUUAAGAUGGAGAGAGAACCUCCUGCCACUCAUGAAGAAGGCAGCAACUCGUCGGUGAAGUUGGGCGAGCGAGGGAGCAGCCGUGACAAAGAGAGAGACAAAGAGAGGGAGAAGGAGAGAGAGAAGGGGCCGAGCGAGGGAGGAGGAGCAGGAGGAGGAGGAGGAGGCGGCGUUAAGGAGGCAGAGAAGAGGAAGAGGAAUCGAGGACAAGCCGAGAAGCUCAUCUCCUCGUCAUCGUCUUCAUCACACCCUGCGAGCCCCGGAGGAACCAAGAGGAGGCGUACCUGAGGAGAGAGAGAGGGAGAGAGAAAAGAGAGGUAGAGAGAAGGAGAGAGAGGUAGAGAGAGAGUAAGUGGUGAGUGAGGUUGAGAGAGAGAGGUAGAGAGAGAGAGAGAGAGAGAGAGAGAGAGAGUGUGAGAGUGGUGGAAAGGAGAGACAGACGGAGAGAGAGAGAGAGAGAGAGAGUCUGAGUGGUAGACAGAAGAGAGAGUGAGGUAGAGUGAGGUAGACUCUGAGUGGUAGACAGGAGAGAGAGUGGUAGAGUGAGGUAGAUGUGUACAUAGAGAGAGAGAGCUAUGAGAGAGACUAUUGGACAGGCGGAUUGGUAGUAAGGUAGUUUUCAUCGUGCUGCUGGAGUCACCUGGAGAGACCGAACAUGACAGACUCUGAACACCAGGGGCCCAACCCCCGCCCUCCCCCAGCCUGGCUCCCAGGGGCCCUCCCCCUAGGGGCCCGCCCCCGAUAGGCCCUCCACCCACGGGCCCUCCCCAAAGCCUGGCCCCCACAGGCUCUCCACCCAGGGGCCCACUUGCCAGGGGCCCUCCUCCCAGGGGCCAUCAAACUAGGGGCCCUCCCCCAGGGCCCCUCCUCCCAGGGGGCCUCCCCCAGCACUGUCGGCGUAUGGUCAUGUGACCCUGCAGUGGACCAACCCAGUGCAAACUACUAAACAUGAAGUGGCUUGUCUGAAGUAGUGCAACUUCCUCCAUGCUCGGUGUGUGCGUUUGUGUGUGUGUGUGUGUGUGUGUGUUUGUUUGUGUGGGGGGGUGGGUGUGUGUGUGU